AUGAGUAAGCUUCAAAGUGAAGCAGUUAGAGAAGCCAUCACAGGAAUCAUGGGUGAUUCCAAGGACAAAGGAAGGAAGUUUGUGGAGACUAUUGAGCUUCAAAUUGGCCUCAAGAAUUACGAUCCACAAAAGGAUAAACGUUUCAGCGGCUCCGUCAAGUUGCCUCACAUCCCCCGCCCCAAGAUGAAGAUUUGUAUGCUUGGAGAUGCCCAACACGUUGAAGAGGCAGAGAAAAUUGGUUUGGAGUCUAUGGACGUUGAAGCUUUGAAGAAGCUCAACAAAAAUAAGAAGUUGGUGAAGAAACUUGCCAAGAAGUACCAUGCUUUCUUAGCUUCUGAGGCUGUUAUUAAGCAGAUUCCCCGUCUCUUGGGUCCUGGUCUCAACAAGGCAGGGAAGUUUCCAACACUUGUCUCCCAUCAAGAAUCUCUUGAGGCAAAGGUUAAUGAAACCAAGGCUAUGGUCAAGUUUCAGCUUAAGAAGGUGCUCUGUAUGGGAGUAGCCGUGGGCAAUGUAAGCAUGGAUGAGAAGCAAAUCUUUCAAAAUGUUCAACUAAGUGUUAACUUCCUUGUCUCUUUGUUGAAGAAGAAUUGGCAGAAUGUUCGAUGCUUGUAUCUCAAGAGUUCAAUGGGGAAGUCUUACCGUGUCUUUUAG